CGCGGACCAGAUACCAACUCUCGUUACAGCUUACGUUAUCGGCAGUGCUGGAUGAGAAGGCGAAGCUAAAGUAGCGAUGUUAGCAUCGUUAGCCUGCUAGCAAACGUAAACGAGAACACGGAUGCCCAUAACCGUCGCUAUCGUGGUUUACUUCAGGUUCUGAUAUUUUCGAACGAAGCGCUGGCCGUUUAUUCCGUGUUUGUUUCCAAGCAUCGAGGUAAAAAAAACUCGACCGCUCCUUGUCUUGCAGGAAAGGGGGUGAAAUGUCGGUGACAGUGGAAACCACGGUGUCCAGGGUGCCGCUCCCUCUCCCGACCCACUUCUCCCAUGCAGAGCAGUCCUUUUCCCUCAAAAAGCGGCGGCGUCUCCCUUUUUCCUCCUCUUCCACGUCCAACGCUUCCUACUCUUCCCCUGACCGGCUCUCGCAUUCUCUGCCCCCGCUGCCACCGUCCAAGGGGGGUCCCCCCCUGAGCCGGGUGUUUCCCCAGCAUCUGUCCCCGUGGACCCCCCUGUCGCGCUCCCUCAGCGAGUCUCCCCCUCCGGAUUCCGAGUACGAUCCCGGCAAACCGCAGUCCUACUUCAGCCAGUGCUACACUAAUUUGGGCCUCCUGGGUAGAGGAUCCUUCGGAGAGGUCUACAAGGUGGAAAGCAACAAGGACGGGCGUCAGUACGCAGUGAAGCGCUCCGCUCACCGCUUCAGGGGCAACAGUGACCGGAACCGCAGCGUGAGGGAAGCCAGGAACCACGAGCGCCUCUGUCCUCACCCUCACAUCCUGAACUUCGUGGCGGCGUGGGAGGAGUGUGGCCGACUGUACAUCCAAACAGAGCUGUGCACCACCAGCUUGCUGCUCCACGCCGAGAACAAGCCCCCCGGCCCAGAUGAGCCGGCGGCCUGGGCGUACCUGUGCGACCUCCUCUCGGCGUUGCAGCACUUGCACUCUCGGGGUUUCGUGCAUCUGGACCUCAAGCCCGCCAACGUCCUGAUCACCGACUCUGGCCGCCUCAAGCUGGCCGACUUCGGGCUGCUGUUUGAGGUCACACAGAAGACGGCGGGGUCCGCGGGGGGCAAAGCAAAAGACGACGUCCAGGAGGGCGAUCCCAGGUACAUGGCCCCCGAGCUGCUGCGUGGGAACUACGGCCCUGCUGCAGAUGUUUUCAGCUUGGGUGUUUCUAUUCUGGAGCUUGCCUGUAACAUGGAGGUACCGAAUGGCGGCGAUGGCUGGCAGCAGCUCCGACAAGGCUGCCUCCCCUCGGAGUUCACCAGCGGCCUCUCAGCGGAGCUCCAGUCGGUGCUGCGGAUGAUGCUGGCCCCGGAACCAUCGGAGAGGCCCACGGUCUCCGAGCUGCUCGCCCUCCCCUCUGUCAGGAAACACCGGUGGAAGAGGCGCAUCCAUCUUUUGGUCGCCGAGACCGCGCUCACACUCGUCUCCUUCUGUCAACUGGUAGUGUGCUACGGCUGUAGACUCCUAUCGUACCUGCACUGGUCCUUUGGCCCUCGCUGGAGCACGCCGUUGCCCUCGACUCCUCCCCAUGGCAGCUGGGACAAGGAUCUAACCCUUCCCCUCAGUGCCAUGCACGCGGACUCGGGGAGCCCAGAGGACGACGCCGUGUUUCCGCUGGAUCCAACAGAGCCGGAGCCUUCCCCCACUUUCUCACACAGGAUUAAAAGCAGACUGUCUGCAGAAAGCACAUCCACUCCUCUCCCACUAUCCCCGAGGCACUAUCGGCAAAGUCCCGCCCACACCCCCACUCACUCGGAUCUGGGCGGUUGCUCCCCCUUUCGCUCGGCGCAAACCCCUUCCAGCAUCCACUCGAACGGCUCGUGCCGCGCGCUCACCCCUGGCGCCAGCCCCAUACGCGCAGAGCUCUACCGCACCGACGGAGGCGCCGCGCCGAGCCGCCCGCCGUCGCCGCCGCCGCCCGCCGAGUCCUCGCGGCGGGCGGCUCGCAACUGGGUCCGAAGCGAGGAGGCCCUUCCCCGGCCCAACUUCGAACCAAAGAACCUGCUCAGUCUGUUUGAGGAUACGGCUGUGGAGGGGCAGCCAUGAGUUCAAAGCCCGCAGUGAAGAGCAUCCCGUGCGUGAAUGCACCUGGACUGUUUUUGCCAUAUUGUCUUACAGCAGCUUCUUUUAACAAGUAUUUGAAAAAUAUAUAUUUAGGGGGGUGUUGAACGUGUUAUCGGACCUUGGAAGCACUUUUAAUGUUUUUGUAAUUGCAAUCUGUCGCUGAAAUGACAUGUCCUUGUGUGAUGGUAAAUAACUUCAUCAGUAGCUGUGUGUACUCUGAGUCAUUGACCUCACGAGGUGCAGAAGAAAAAUAAAACAUGUGGGGGGGGGAGAGA